ACAGUAACAACGGUUCAGAGGGAAAAACCACACAAUACCUGAUCAUUAUUUUUUUAGGGAUUUUUGGGGAUAUUUUAGUGUUUAAUGUGAUGGAAGAGGAGAAGAUCGGUGGAAGAGGACAAUGUCUCUGGUUUCCGAGGAUGUUUGUAUGAUUUUUAAGGACAAGCAGCAGAGCCUGUGUUUGCGGUUUUGAUGCUUUCAAUGGCAGAAACGGAACAAAACCAUUAGGCAGAUUAUUAUUAUUAUUAUUAUUAUCUCUGUAUAAUCAUCAUCUUCAUCAUCAUCAGCAGCAGCAGCACUGCAGCUGUGUUUUAACAUAAUUAUUCUAUCACGAUGAGAUUGUCGGCGUUUUUGUUCAACACUGCAAAGAUCGAGUAUUACUCCAGGUUUUCUCCAUCUCCUCUCUCCAUCAAGCAGUUCCUAGAGUUCGGAAGGGACAAUGCAUGCGAAAAAACCUCGUACAUGUUCCUGAGGAAGGAGCUGCCCGUGCGACUGGCCAACACCAUGCGGGAGGUCAACCUGCUGCCGGACAAACUGCUGAGUCAGCCCUCCGUCAGACUGGUGCAGAAAUGGUACAUGCAGAGCUUUCUGGAGCUGCUGGAGUAUGAAAACCGAAGCCCAGACAACCCACACGCCCUGAACGACUUUCUGGAGGUUCUUAUCGAGAUCAGGAACAGACACAACGAUGUGGUCCCCACCAUGGCCCAGGGCGUGAUCGAGUACAAGGAGAAGUUCGGCUUCGACCCGUUCGUCAGCUCCAACAUUCAGUAUUUCCUGGAUCGCUUCUACACCAACCGAAUCUCCUUCCGCAUGCUCAUCAACCAGCACACUCUGCUGUUCGGUAACGACACAAACCCGGCACAUCCCAAACACAUCGGCAGCAUCGACCCCGCGUGUAACGUAGCCGACGUGGUUAACGAUGCCUAUGAGAUGGCUAAAAUGCUGUGUGAGCAGUACUACCCCAACGCCCCGGCGCUGAAGAUCACAGAGUUUAACGCUAAAGCUCCUGACAAACCCAUCCAGGCCGUUUAUGUGCCGUCUCAUCUGUUCCACAUGCUGUUCGAGCUCUUCAAGAAUGCAAUGCGAGCCACAGUGGAACAUAAUGAAGAAAAUAAAGAUGAUCUUCCACCCAUUAAGGCUAAAGUGACCUUGGGGAAGGAGGAUCUAUCUAUAAAGAUCAGCGACCGGGGUGGAGGUGUACCUCUGAGGAAGAUCGACAGGCUCUUUAAUUACACAUACUCCACUGCCCCAACACCCAGUCUAAACUCCAAACGGGUUCCACUGGCCGGAUUCGGACAUGGUUUGCCAAUCUCCAGACUCUACGCUCGAUAUUUUCAGGGUGAUUUGCAGCUGUACUCCAUGGAAGGCGUCGGGACGGACGCGGUCAUCUACCUGAAGGCUCUCUCCAGCGAGUCAUUUGAGCGGCUGCCGGUUUUUAACAAGUCGGCCUGGAGACACUAUCAGGGAGGCCCGGGGGCAGACGACUGGAGUAACCCGAGCAAAGAGCCGCGGGACGCCUCCAAGUACAAAGCAAAGAGAUAAAUCCUUCCCUUUCGACUGCGAGCUCUCUCUGUCUCUCACUGUGUGUGUUUGUGUGUGUGUGUGUGUGUGUGUGUGUGAGAGCAUCCCUCAGCACACCCUCUACACUUUCCCUCUUCUCCAUCACAGCGCCCCCUGGUGAUGAGAGAGAGCAGAGUUGCCUCAGAUAGAAGACUUCCCCUGACUUCCUGUCUGCAGCGCCACCAUAGUAACGUCACGUCUCCUCGCUCACGUUAACAUCAGAAAGGGAAAGUAAAAGAGGGAAGUGUUUUCACAAACUGCAUUUCAGUAUCUGACAGGAGAAAAAUAUCAGUCAGGUCUUAUUGGCUCACCACGCUGCCGUGACCAAUCCCAGGCGAUUAUGAGAGACAGAAGAGGUUAAAGGUCAAAGGCGCAGGAGAAGGACCUUCGGUAAAAUGAUGCAGGAUCCAGUUAGAGAGAACUCGCUAAAGAGUUAUUAAUUUAAAAUUAUUUAUUAGGUUGCAAUUUCAAGGGACGUGCAAAUAGAGCUGUGACUGCCAUAAAGAAAAGGUUUCAGGGUAUUAAAAAUAAACAAUUGAGCUUCCUGUGAAUAAUUACUUUUUUUAAAAAAAGCGGGUUUGCGAACCACAAGCAGCCACUGAAGUGUGAGAAAACCACUCGAGACACGCCGGUAUGAACAACACAGCACUGUGGAGCUCCAGAACUUUAUGAAGAAUAAAUAAUACACUAUUUAUGUGUGUGGAAACUGGGAGAAAAGAGAUUUUUUUUAUUCUUUUUUUUUAUCUUUAUAUUUCUCGGCUUUUUUCGCGAGAGUGACGAGUAGAUCUACAACCUGCUCGUUUUCUCCCCGUUAGCGUUUAGAAAUCAGCUGCUAGCGACCUUUAUGCAAAUAUACAGUAAUCACAGUCGGGUUUGUUUAUCGGGAGCGACUGAUUCUGCAGCUUUUAAAACUCCUCCCCGUCUCUGUGACCUGAUGAAAGGGUUAACGAAAUCAUUUAACACAAAUUCAUUCUGUAGAAAAUCAACGUCAUUCCUCUGAUUAGCGGAAACCAGCAUGUAUGUAGCAAAUCAUUCUAAAUAUAUAUAUAUAUGUGUGUGUGUGUGUGUGUGUGUGUGUGUGUGUUUAUACCACAGUGCUGUUAAAUUCUCUGUUCUGAUCGGUCAGAAGGUGUUGAUUAACUUUCUGACCGCAUGGCUGCAACCUAGCGUGGACGAAUCACAGGUUUAUAUGAACGCACCCGCUCACUGUCAUACGUAACAUUUCUAUAGCUUCAGAGACACGAUUCUAUCAUUUCUUCAUUAACGUUUAUUAACAGAAGGAGUCUCGAGCGUCGGAGGAGGUUACGCUUCUGUACGGUUUCUCCUUAACGUUAGACAGGAAGCUGUAGGUUUUUGUAUUUUUUUUUCCCAUUUGUUUUAGUUUAUAGCUGCUGUAACGUAAAUGAGAACAGGAGCUAACGUGUUUUGUGAACUAUAAACAUUUAAAAAGUACAACAUGUCGUUCUUUAACCAGUAUAAAAGUGUCAUGGCUGACAUUCCGCUGUGGUGUAAGAGGAAUAAAACACUGGCAGGAAAGGAAUCAGCGUCAGGCUGGUCACAGAAAAGCCGCUUGAUUAUUUUCCUGCAACAGCAUAAAAUAAAUAUCUGAAAUCAUUCCCACUGCUUCAGCCAGCUGUAGGCUUCACGUGUUUGUCCGGAUCGUGGCGGUUUCCCGUGUUUAACUGCAUUAAAGCAAAACGCAAUGAUUCACCCGAUGUUCUGCCUCUGUUGUGUUCUUGUGGUUUAUAGUGGUUUAUUGUUUAUUCCAUCAUCCAUGUGACCAAUUUAAUAAAAGUGUCUCAGCUG